GAAUGUUUUUGAUCCGGAACUGUAGUGCUGUCAUGUUCUUAUCGGGUUCUAUCCCGUCUAUUCAGGUGCCUCCUUGCGCACGAAUUUCUACUCCAUUGCUGAGAUUCAUGCAGUCUGCGGCCAACUGAUGUCUUAUCCCGUCACUCAACACCGAAGACUUAAAUGAUAAAACAACUAGACAUACACAUGCACAAACACACACACAACGUGUCCAAUCUAGUGGCAAAGCAGGUCAUGCGUUCACGCGAGUCAUUCUGCCCGCCGAAAUCCCUCCACACGCUUAUAAAUAAAUGGGCCCCUCCCAUGCGAGAACUUGACCUCCUCGACAGAGUACCUCCGAGGUAUAUGUUAGAGAAGCCGACCAACCCAGGAGCGUGCCAGACCCUCCCUGACACUGACCUCUACCCAGCACCGAACAACGAGUGACAACCAUGGCAGAUCCUUUGAAGGUACUCGACGAUGCAAACUGCUAUGUCGGCAUGUCAUCCGUCUCCCGAAAGAUAUAUCCAAUCGCUGGGAUCUUGACCACAGUCUACGGUCUGGACGAACUGCCGGAACAAGCCUCCGAGAUUACUUGUCUCUGGUUGUUGCACCAUAGAGGAGCAACCCAAGAGCGCAUGGCGGGCAUUGCCACGACCAUAAUCGCGGACUGGAACGCCAGGAUCCGCGAUUCUCGUACCUGCCCCGGCCAAGCCGUCAAAGGCCUCAUUGCUGUCGCAUUUGAUCAGAGAAAUCAUGGGACAAGAUUGGUGGAGCCGCUGGCCAACGAGGCAUGGAGGCAAGGGAAUCCUCGGCACGCGCAAGAUAUGUUCUCCAUAUUUCAGGGCACUGCCCGAGACGUAUCUCUUCUGAUUGACUACCUACCAUCUUUUGUGUUCCCGCAGUCCGACCGCAAGAUCUCCGACAAUCUGGUAUUGGGGGUCUCCCUGGGUGGCCAUGCAGCAUGGAGCUGCCUCCUGCACGAACCCCGCAUAAGCGCCGGGGUCGUUGUCAUCGGCUGCCCUGACUACGUAAAUCUUAUGGCGGACCGUGCAAGGCUGUCGAAGUUACCGUUUUGGACGGAAAGCGAGAUUCCCGGGUCCCAAUUUCUAGGCUCCGAAGCGUUCCCCUCUUCUCUGCUGGAUGCGGUCCGCAAGUAUGACCCGGCGAGCCGGUUUCUGAGCCAUGUGAAUCCGAAGCCAGACGCGAGUCCUCUUCGCACCGGACCCUUGCCAGAGCCGACGGAGAACGAGAAGGCUGCAUUGCGGCCACUCCUGGCGCACAGUGUAGCUGGAAAACGGAUCCUCACCCUGUCAGGCGGCAAAGAUAAGUUGGUACCAUACCAUCGAGGGGAGGCAUUCUUGACCUGGUGGAAGAAGGCGAUUGCUCCAAGUGGGUGGUUUGCGGACGGCGCAGUCACCUUCGAGGACAUCAUCGAUGAGGAUGCCGCGCACGAAAUGUCCCCGAAGAUGUUCAUCGAGGCGGUUCGAUUUAUUCGUGAAACCCUGGAAGCCAGUAGUAAUUCCCCGGAAAAGGUGGGGUCGGUGCGCGAAUGCAAGAUCUAGAACACUGCUACCCGUUGGUGUACUCCUGUC